AAAGUAAACGCAACGCGCGCAUUAUAAUUAUUUGAAAAUUAUACAAAAUACGAAUUUAUUCCAAUUGUAACCCUUUUACUAUUUAGAAUUAAAUUUUGGUUCGUGAAGUGUAGUGUCGAGACCGGUCAAAUCGUAACUGUGCGAAAAUGAAGAAGUGGAAAAUAAGAGGAGAUGCGGUCUAUCUGAUCUAACAGGACCUUACUCUACUUAUCAACUCCAAAACCAUUCAAUCCAAGAGUAUGUGUUGUGGUGGAUUGACAAGACGAUGUAGUGUGAUGAGUUCUCGUAAUGAAAAAAAAUAUAUUCAAAAAUGAGACUACAGUGUUUGGUGGUAAUAAUUAUCGGUUUUUUGACAGGAGAUGUCUUGGGUAUUUGGAACAUGUUUGAUAUCAAAUACUGGAGAUGUGUCAUGAAAAAAACAGAUAUUUGUCCGGAUAAGGAUAUCAAAUUUUAUUUAUAUACCCGCGAGUCGGGUACCAGAAGACUGAGAAUAGACAUAAGAAACCACUACUCACUGGAAUACUCCGGAUUUGUUCCCUCGCGAAAAAACGCGAUCAUCAUUCACGGCUUCAACGGAACCGAGAGCAAAACCCCCAUGACCAUCCUAAGAAAUGCGUAUUUGUCUCGCACCGAUUACAACAUCUUUACGGUCGACUGGAUGCCCCUCGCCAAGUUUCCUUGCUACCUCUCGGCCUUAUCAAACAUGAAACUAGUCAGUCAGUGUACGGCUAAAUUGUACGCUUUCAUAAUGGAGAACGGAGGCGAUGCCCGAGAAACAACCUGCGUUGGUCACUCUCUCGGGGCGCAUAUCUGCGGAAUGAUAAGCAAUCAUUUGGAUGUUAAGCAGCACAAGAUUGUUGGACUGGAUCCGGCGAGACCGCUUAUCAAUCGAUACGGCGAUAAGUACUUCAGACUCACCAAAGACGAUGCCCACCAAGUACAAGUCAUUCAUACUAAUGCCGGGGUGUUGGGGGAGGUUAAUCAAGUAGGGCAUAUCGAUUUCUGCGUCAAUGGGGGGCAGAUACAACCGGGGUGCAAAGGCCACGUUUUGCGUCGAGCCCGAUGUAGCCAUUUCCAAAGUGCCUGUUUCUUCUCGACGACUAUACGGAAAGCAAACGCACAUCUGGGGCGUCCGUGUGUCACCACGUGUCCCAAAAAAUCCUCGAAUUGGGGGUACUUACCCGGAAAGGCGGUCCCCAUGGGAGAAGACACACCUUUCGGGAUUAAAGGAAUGUUCUGCGUGGAUACCCACUCAAAUUCGGAUUGUCCAUUUGAAUAAUAUACAUUUUUUUAGAAAAUAUUUAAUAAAAAAGUACAAAAA